AGUUCCGGCAGUCUUUUGUUGACUUGCUGAAUCCCAUAUGGAGUUGUGCACGACAAUGACAACACUAUGACAACUUUGCGCAAUUUAUCCGCCAUGUUUUGGUGUUGGAGUCGUGUCAAAUAUCUUUGGUGAACGUCAACAUUGCAUAUAGCUAUUUCUUGUGCGGGUCGAUCUGCGGUCUAUCGCCUGUAAUUUCCAUAAAUAAUUAGUGGGAAGGAAGUUUCAAGUCGAGAAAAACGGCAAACAUAAAAUGAAUCGAACCGAUGGGCUCGUGCGAAGAGUAAAAAAUCGGGAAUCAAACGACGGAUUGAAUUCCAACAGCGUUAAUCAGAAUGCGGAGAACGAGGAAAACAACGGAGCAACGGAAGAUAACAUUGACGACUGCGACUCGAAGGAAACUCGCCUGACAUUAAUGGAAGAGGUGCUUCUGCUUGGACUUAAAGACAAGGAGGGAUAUACGUCAUUUUGGAAUGAUUGCAUAUCGAGUGGACUGCGCGGAUGUAUUCUAAUAGAAUUAGGAAUUCGAGGACGCGUCGAACUGGAAAAAGCUGGAAUGCGAAGACGGGGCCUUUGCUCAAGAAAAUUAUUACUAAAAACUGAUACCCCCACUGGAGACGUCCUUCUGGACGAAGCUUUGAAGCACGUGAAAGAAACAGAUCCACCGGAAACCGUUCAGAGUUGGAUCGAGUAUUUGAGUGGAGAGACAUGGAAUCCUCUUAAGCUGCGAUAUCAAUUGAAAAAUGUACGGGAACGGCUUGCGAAAAAUUUAGUUGAAAAAGGAGUCCUCAAAACAGAGAAACAAAAUUUUCUGUUAUUCGAUAUGACAACACAUCCGCUUAGUGAUAAUGUAACGAAAACUCGUCUAGUUAAAAAGAUCCAAGAUGCGGUUUUGUCGAAAUGGGUUAAUGAUCCUCAAAGAAUGGACAAACGUAUGUUGGCCCUUAUAUUCUUAGCACAUGCAAGUGAUGUUUUAGAAAACGCGUUCGCGCCGUUAAACGAUGAUGAUUAUGAAGUUGCGAUGAAGAGAGUGCGCGAACUGUUAGAUUUGGACUUUGAAACAGAAGCAUCUAAGGCAAACGCAAAUGAAGUUCUGUGGGCAGUUUUCAUGGCAUUCACUAAAUGAAACAGGCUAAAACUCAUGCGCUACACCCUACUUAUUUUUACAGCGAAUAAUUAAGAGUAGUUUUUUAUAAUAUAAAAAAUGGAGAUGUGAAAAAAGAUUCUAUUUAACAGCUAGAUCUAUGUAAAAUAUGCGUCUUGUUGGAUGAUAAAUAUGGACCCUGAGUAGGACUACGAUAACUGCAACUUUGAAUAGAAACGUGGAAGUCUAAAACUGAAGCUAAUUAUUGAACAUAUUGGCCGAAAUCAACACAGACACGUAUUGCAUUGUUUUUAUUGAAAAUAGUUGUAAAUGUUGAUGAAUAUAAUGUAGGAAGAUAAAAAUCAACACAUUGAAGAGGAAAGUAUGCUAAAAUGAUUUUGUGAUUCUAUGCCAGAGUAAUUUUUAGGUAAACUGAAAAACACGCAAUUGUAAUAAUGAUUAAAUAAAUAAUAUUAUAUAGCCCGUA